UGCUCAAUGUGAGUCCGAGGAGCCUUUCCUGCUUACAGCAUGAGACCCGAUUCAAUACUCUGACCACCGGACACAGACCUCUGGGGGUGACGUUAGGCAGAAGGUUUUGUGGUUGUGUGGCCAUGAGUCGAAGGACAGUUUGUGUGCUGAUGGUGCUGUGGGCUGUGGCCCACCUCAGCUCUCCGGGCUACGGCCUCAGGGCCCUUCGAAGGACUACAGGGGGACGAAGAGGCUCAACAGGAUUGAUGGGACAGGAUGCCAACGGAGUGCCGCUUAGACGCUCUAAACGAGGCUGGAUGUGGAACCAAUUCUUUCUGUUGGAGGAGUACACUGGGACGGACAUUCAGUACGUGGGAAAGCUUCACUCGGAUGGGGACCGAGGAGAUGGCAGUGUGAGGUACGUCCUCACCGGAGAAGGAGCAGGCACCCUGUUUAAGAUUGACGAAAAGUCAGGGGACAUCCACGCCACCAAGAGGCUGGACCGAGAGGAGAAGGCCAACUACACCCUCCACGCUAAAGCUGUCAAUCGCCUUACCAACGAGGCGCUAGAGGGCGAGUCCGAGUUCAUCAUCAAGAUACAUGACAUCAACGACAACGAGCCACGCUUCACUAAGGACCCGUACAUGGCUGAGGUGCCCGAGAUGUCUGACGUUGGCACCUCGGUGAUUCAGGUGACGGCCACAGACGCAGACGAUGCCACGUACGGGAAUAGCGCCAGGGUGGUGUACAGCAUUCUGGAGGGACAACCGUACUUCUCUGUGGACCCUGAUACUGGUCUGAUAAAGACCGCCCUGCCCGGCAUGGACAGGGAAGUCAAAGAACACUACCAGGUUGUGAUUCAAGCCAAAGACAUGGCCGGACAGAUGGGCGGACUCUCAGGAACCACGACGGUCAGCAUCACCCUCUUGGACGUGAACGACAACCCGCCGCGCUUCACUAAGACCCUGUACGAGUUCAGAGUUCCUGAGUCCAACGAGCUGGGCUCCACAGUGGGGCUCAUCCAGGCCAUGGACGCGGACAUUGGCCAGAACGCCGAGAUGAAGUACAAGAUCAUUGGAAACGACGGUCCCGGGAUGUUUGACAUCACCACCAACCAGAGCACGCAGGAUGGCGUCAUCGUGCUCAGGAAGAUUUGUCUUUCAGGCGCUUACGGGCCUCAGGCCCCCUCAGAGGACGCCCUGCAGACGAACAAGCUAGAUGGAGCUCCACCAAUCUUUUCCACCGGAGCCUUGGAGCCUCCUCAGGGUGCAGGCUCCGAGCUCCGCCGGUUACCACGGAAGAUCAUCCGUGCUUCUGACCCGAAAGAAGCAUGCGAGGCCGGGGUCCGGGCCACGGCCUCGCAUGCUCAUGAGGCCUAA